AUGGCCUCUCCCACUUCCUGGGCACAAGAGCUCAUCACUUGUGAUCUUUGUCCUAAGCCUACUAAGCAGUUCUGUAACAACUGUCAAGUCAGUUUAUGUGUGGACUGUGUCAGCAAACAUGUGGAAAAUCUCAAAUCUCAAACCCACGACAUUGUUUAUUUCACUAACAGGAAGAUACAACCAGUGUUUCCAGAUUGUACGAUUCACUCUAACCAGAGAUGUGAGGCCCACUGCCAACAAUGCAAUGUCCAAGUCUGUUUGAAAUGCAUUCUCACGUCCCAUAAUGGACACAAGAUUGUGGAUAUGCAAGAGAUUUUCAAUGAAAAGAAAAAUGAAAUUGAAAAAGAAAACCAAGAAAUUGAAUCCAACAUUCUUCCCAAGUACAAGAAGAAAAUGGACAAUAUUGCCGGCAGAAUAUCCACAUCAACAGCCAAAUUUGAUGAACUAGAAAAAGAUGCAGAAAACCACAGAAAACUAUGGCACCAAGAAGUAGAUAACAUCUUCAGCAAACUUAGUUCCUCGAUCAAGUCCAUGAGAGAAAGCUAUCUCAUUUCUCUAAAAUCUUACCAAUCCAAGUUAAAAAAUCUUAUUCCAGAUAUGCUGCAAGCCCUUGAACAAAACAAAGAAAUCUUGAAGACUAACAGAGUGUGUGAAGUCAAUAACUACAAAUCCAGACUGGCAGAAAACAGGGAAAUACCUUUUAAUAUUGAUGGCAAAAUUCCCUCAUUGAAUACAAUAACUGUUCAAGGGAGAGAACUUAGCAUAGAAUUAGGAGAAUACCAGGCUAUAUUAACACAGACAGUGUUAUCUAGUCUGACAGAUGAAGUAUCCCAUUUAUCUUUAAGAGAGUUAUUAGACAAAGCCAAAGUGAUAACCAUAAUUCCUACUGGAGUUAAACAUUUAAGGAGAGUGGCCUGUGUAGGAAGUGAUGAGGCUUGGAUUAGUGGUUACAACAAAGCCAUAAGACAUGUUGACAUGCAUCGGUCUGCACAGAAAUCUGUUACAACGGGGUGUCUGUUAAGUCCUAGAGACAUUGCUGUGACCAGACAGGGAGAACUGAUAUAUAUUGAUUCUGACAAUGCAACAGUGAACAUUGUAAGAAGUGGAAAGACAGAGGUACUCAUCAACACACCACAAGGCUGUACACCAAAGAGACUUUGCUGUUCGAGGUCAGGGGACAUACUGGUCAGUGUCAGAAGUAACAAUCAAAACAAAAUACUACGUUAUCAGAGAGAUAUACUGAAGCAGGAAAUUUAUAGAGAUGAACAUGGAAAUACAAUUUUUAAGGAAGGAUAUUGUGUAUUAUAUCUCGCAGAAAACAACAAUGGAGAUAUCUGUGUCUCUGAUAUUAAUGCUAAAAUCGCAAUUGUGGUAGACAAGACAGGAAGAGUCCGAUUCCGAUACGAUGGUACACCAGCCAGGAGAGAGAAUCCAUUUAGUCCUAGAAAAUUAGUGACAGACUCCAUGGACCAGAUCAUUGUGGCAGAUUAUUAUAAUGACUGCCUUCACAUCCUUGAUCAAAAUGGACAGUUCCUGAGAUGUGUGGACAAUUGUGGAUUAGAUAAACCUAGUGGAUUGAGUGUCGAUAGUGAGGGGAGGUUGUGGGUGGGAUUUGGGGAUUCAGGAGACAUAAAAGUGAUACAGUACAUGAAAUAA